UCGUCAUAGUUUCGUUUUUGCUCCGUGCAUUGUCGCGUGCGCCUGUUCCGCUAGUGUUGCAGUGCUUGGUUGCGUGUUGCGUGGCUCGAGAAACGUUGACUUCGCGGGAAACAGCCAGAAAAUGCCUCGUGUGUGUAGUGUUGAGGGCUGUAUAAACGGCCCGAGGCGCUUGGUCAGGGGCAGCGGCAGUGUUGACCCGACUGUGUCCUUUCAUGUGGUGCCGCGCGAUGAGCCCCGGCGUUCGCAAUGGCUCAGUGCUCUGCCGAUGAUAAAACGGCAAAAGGAUGAGCCAGAGAAACAAAUGUCUCUUGGCGUGCCCCAGAGACCAGUCCUUUCUCGGGCAGCUGUUCCCUCAGUGUCGCCUUCAUCAAAUCCCCUACUGGUGCCCCUGCAACAGCAAGCUGGAGGCUCGGUUGCUAUUGCCGAGUCCGCGAUCGAAAGCGAUGCCGCCGGUGCACCUGUGGAAAUUCCAACUGAGAGUGACGUUGCCGAGACCGAGAGGUUGCAGCACGAUGCAGCCACUGGGCCCGUAGGAAGACAUGGAGAGGUGCUGGCUGCUGCUACUGGUGCCGCCGGCUUACAGACGCAAAAGGAUUCUUUCCAAUGCCCUGCAUGUGGUACGACUGGCCGCAGCGUUGGACAUGACAAAAGUGUGCAAGUUCAUGUGCGGGGUAUAAGUGUUGGUGUUCAAGUGAACUUGACCAUAAAAGAAACGAAAGAUGAGGGCCUGCAGGUUGACAUUCAGGAUGUGCCGCUGACAUCAACACCAGUGAAGCGACGACGUAUCCUUGAUGAACCCAGCUUUGCCGCCUCACCUAUCUUGUCACCUGUUCCAAGCAAUGUCGACACUACUGGCUCCUUAUAUCAACCAGAUGAAUUGACUCACACCUUAGACUCCACACUGGAUGAGGAUGAUGAAGAUGAUGGAGACAUGGGAGACGUUGAGCUGCCUGGCUAUUACCUCAUCUUCCACACAUGUCUGAUGGUGCUUUUGAAGCUGUGCCGCACAUGCCUGUCCACUGCCUGCACCGUAAAACUACGACGCUCUGGGACACGCAUAAUAGCAAAGGUCGAAUGCCCCAACAUGCACACGUAUACAUGGUCAAGUCAACCUCUUGUUGGUGACAAGCCAAAAGGGAACAUUGACUUGGCCACUGCGUUGCUGUUUUCUGGAUCAAGUGUUGCCUCCAGCCUUCGAAUGAUGCGUCUCAUGGGCGUCAAGGUUAUAAGUGAACAGUGCUUCUUCAACUACCAGAAGGCGUACUUGCUCCCUGCUGUCAACAUGGUCUGGGAUGAACAUCAACGAGAGGUCAUGGCAUCACUUGAAGGCAGCAUACAGCUUUGUGGCGAUGGCAGAUGUGAUUCACCUGGCCACAGUGCCAAAUUUAUGACGUACACAUUCCUCUGCCCGGACGCGAAGAAAAUUGUGCACACAGAGCAGGUGCAAGUAAGGGAGAGCGAUGAGAUUACUUCAAGCACCCAAAUGGAGAAAGAAGGUCUAAUCAGAGGGCUUGCAUUCUUAAGUGAACAAAAUGUCAGCAUUACAAGCUUGACAACAGACCGCCACCCGAGCAUUAAAGAUAUAUGA